AUGGAGCUUCUUGUUAGAAAUCUCAAGAGAAUCAAAUUAGUAACAUUUGAUGUCACCAACACACUUCUUUACUUCAAGAAUCCUCCUGAAGUGCAAUACUUGAAAACAGCAGCGAUGUUUGGAAUAUCAGAAGAAAGUUUUGAUUCGAAUUUAAUGAAAAAGAAUUUUCGUAAACAUUUUAAAAUUCAACAACAAAAACAUCCAAACUUUGGACGGAAUUCGAUAUCAUAUCAAAAGUGGUGGGAGGAUCUUGUCAUAAAUGUGUUUAUGAGUUCAUCUCGUCAUCCAAUCGAGCGAAGAAAUCUCAAACCUGUCGCACAUGAACUCAUCAAUUUAUAUAAAACUCGAGAGUGUUGGGAAAAAUACGAGAAGUCAAAUGAACUUAUUUCCGAUCUUAAAGAUGCCGGGAAAUGUGUGGGUGUUAUCUCAAACUUUGAUUCACGUCUGCACGAUCUUUUACACGAUAUGAAUAUUACGAAACUUGACUUUGUCAUCACAUCAUACGAGGCUGGAUCAGAGAAACCAAAUCCAGUCAUUUACAAUGAAGCUUUACUAGCAACUAACCAAAUUAUCAAACCAUCUGAAGCACUUCACAUUGGCAAUGAACUAGACAAAGAUUACAAUGGAGCUAUGAGUGCUGGAUGGUCGUCAAUUCUCAUCAACUCACAGGAAUCUCAAGAUUAUUUGUGUUUUAGAAAUGUUCAGGAUCUUUGGGAAUCAAUAAGAUCACGUGACGUUAAAAUUUAA